AUGUUACUUGGUGCUCAGGGUCAGCUGGACAUGGAGGGGGCCCUGAUUGCCAGGGAUCGAGUUGGCAUCCAGGACUUUGUCCUUCUGGAUGAGACCACAGAGACAGCCUUCCUCAAUAAUAUGAGGAAACGCUUCAAUGGAGACCUAAUUUAUACCUACAUUGGCACUCUCUUAGUGUCUGUCAACCCAUACAAAGAGCUGGAUAUCUACAACAAGAAGCAAAUUGAUCUCUACAUGGGUGUGAACUUUUUUGAGCUUCCCCCGCACAUCUAUGCCCUGGCGGACAAUGCGUACCACACCAUGCUGACGGAGCUCAACAAUCACUUCAUCCUGAUUUCUGGUGAGAGCGGAGCAGGGAAGACAGAAGCCUCCAAGAAGAUUCUGCAGUAUUAUGCUGUCAGCUGUCCAAGCACCACUCUACUGGAUACUGUCAGGGACAAGAUGCUCAUGUCCAAUCCUGUCCUAGAGGCUUUUGGCAAUGCUAAAACACUAAAGAAUGACAAUUCAAGUCGGUUUGGAAAGUAUAUGGAUAUUCAGUUUGACAGCCAGGGUAAUGCAGUUGGAGGACAUAUUCUGAAUUACCUUCUGGAGAAGUCCAGGGUGGUCCAUCAAAACCACGGGGAGAGGAACUUCCACAUCUUCUAUCAGCUGGUGGAGGGAGCAGAGGAAGACCUGCUGCACCAAUUUGGGCUGCAGAGAGACUGCAAGCACUACAACUACCUAAUACAAGGGGAAUGUGCCAUUGUGUCUUCCAUCAAUGACAAAAAUGACUGGAAGACAGUCAAAAAUGCACUGCAAGUCAUUGACACUGAUGAGAUUAACACAAAUCACUUGUUCGGGGUCAUUGCCUGUGUUCUUCACUUGGGGAAUAUUCAGUUUGAGUUGGACAAUAAAGGCCACGCUACCUCGAACAGCAACGCGGAGUUGCGCUGGGUCUCAACGCUACUGGGAGUCAGUGCUCAGACACUUCAAGAAGGACUAACAUACAGGAAGAUUGAAGCCCAAAAAGAUGAGGUCCUGAGCCCAUUUACAACAGAUCAUGCGAUCUAUGUCAGGGACGCCCUCGCUAAAGCCAUUUAUGGACGGACAUUCACCUGGCUUGUCGACAGGAUAAACGUGUCCAUUGAGAAUAAGGACCUCUCAAGGAAGACUGUUAUAGGGCUUCUGGACAUAUAUGGUUUUGAGGUUUUCUACGUAAACAGCUUUGAGCAGUUUUGCAUAAACUACUGCAACGAGAAGCUGCAGCAGCUCUUCAUUCAGCUGACACUCAAAUCUGAGCAAGAGGAGUAUGAGGCCGAGAAUAUUGAGUGGGAGCCGGUACAGUUCUUCAACAACAAGAUCAUCUGUGACCUGAUAGAAGAGAGACACAGGGGCGUCAUAUCGAUACUGGAUGAGGAGUGUCUCAGACCAGGAGACGCCACAGACCUCACCUUUCUGGAGAGGCUGGAGGAGAAAAUAGGAAAUCACCCUCACUUUGUGACGCACAAGCUGGCUGACAAGAUGACACGUAAGACUCUGGAGAGAGGAGACUUCCGCCUCCUGCAUUAUGCCGGGGAGGUGACCUACUGUGUUGUGGGUUUCCUGGACAAAAACAACGAUCUCUUGUAUAAAAACAUAAAACAUCUGAUGUGUCAAUCUAAAAAUGACAUAGUGAGAGAAUGCUUCUCCACCAUAGAUCCAGACAGCAGACGACGGCCAGAAACAGUGGCGACCCAGUUUAAGAGCAGCCUGCUGAAGCUGACAGAGAUACUCAUGGCCAAAGAGGCCUGGUAUGUCCGCUGUCUCAAAUCCAAUGAGUCCAAGCAGCCAGGUAAAUUUGACGAGGCACUGAUCAGGCACCAAGUGAAGUAUCUGGGCCUGAUGGAGCACCUCAGAGUCAGACGUGCGGGUUUUGCCUAUCGACGCAAAUUUGAGGUCUUCUUACAAAGAUAUAAACCCCUGUGUCCAGCCACCUGGCCCCAUUGGAGAGGAGUUCCUGCUGAUGGAGUGGAAGUGCUGGUUCAACAUUUGGGCUACCUGCCAAAUGAGUACAAAAUGGGACGAACCAAAAUAUUUAUUCGAUAUCCAAGAACACUUUUUGCCACUGAAGAUGCUUUUGAGAGAAGCAAACAUGAUCUAGCAACCCGGCUCCAGGCAAAGUAUAGAGGAUACAGGGCAAAAGGAGAAUUCAAGAAACAGAAGGAAGCGGCCACCAAGAUUGAAACUUGUUGGAGAGGAGUGCAGGCAAGAAAAGAGAGAGAGAAGAGAGCAUGGGCAGUCAAAGUCAUCAAGAAAUUUAUCAAAGGAUACAUGACGAGACGGGAAGCAAAAACCACAGAUAAUUCUGAAUACCUGGCAUUUGUGAGACAAAGUUACUUGAACAGACUAAGAAACAAUCUGCCAAGAACAGUUCUGGAUAAAACCACAUGGCUACCUCCUCCUCCUGUGUGUGAAGAGACAUCAGAGAUAUUGCAUAAGCUUCACACUCGUCUCAUGGUGAGGAGGUAUGUGAGAAGAAUCACCCCACCGCAAAAAGCACAGUUACAGUUGAAAGUUAUCACCAGUGCCAUCUUCAAGGGGAAAAAGGACAGUUAUCCACAAAGUGUUGCUCAGCCCUUCGUUGAGACCAGAAUCAGUGAGCAGGAUGUAAAUAUGAGGGUCCUGCAGAUGAUUCGCAACGAGCAUAUCAAGUACAGUGUCCCGGUGAUAAAGUACAACAGGAAUGGCUUCAAACCGAGGCCACGACAGCUCAUCCUCACCCAGACAGCUGCAUAUGUAAUAGAUGAGGCCAAGAUCAGGCAGAGAGUAUUGUACACCUCUUUAAAAGGUAUAUCAGUCAGUAACUUGAGCGAUGGCAUCAUUGUCUUCCACAUAACAUGUGAAGACCCAAAACAGAAGGGGGACCUUGUAAUGCAGUGUGACCACCUCUUUGAGUUUUUGACCAAACUCGGUGUGGUUGCUAACAAGCAGAGCAUCAUCAAAGUAGUCCAGGGAAGUAUCAAGAUUGAAAUCCAAGCAGGUAAAGAGAGUGCUGUAGACUUCAGCACUGGCCAGGAUCCCAUGGUGUAUAAAGCCAAAAAUGGACACCUCAUGGUGGUGUCCACUCGAGCAAGGGCACGGUGA